AAUGAGAAGGCAGCAAAGGGGGAAACGGGCAUCGGGUUUGCUGAAGCAUUUUACUAGUAAAAGCAGGGGCUAUUGUGCUUCUCCUCCAGGCUGCUGGGAGAUGAAUGGCAGGAGGCAGCACAAAGACACUAUGCCAUGGGAGGGCUCAGCCGCCUGAAUGCCAGCCUGGGACCCUGACUGCACAUGGAUCAGCCAACGGAGCAAUAAGGCGGGCGUGUAGGGGCGGACUGCAGGACUUCUUGCUGUGUCUUGCCAUUCCCUGAGCGUUAUGGGCAGAGGCUUUGUGCAAUGAAUGCUUCCCCCAGAGCUUUUCUCCCAGCGAAUAUGGGCACGGCUGUAUCCAAAAGGAAGAGUCUGAGGAAUGAUGCUAUGUCUUCUGUAGCAGCGAAAGUUAGAGCAGCAAGGGCUUUCGGAGAAUAUCUUUCACAAAACCAUCCUGAAAGCAGAAACGGCUCAGAUCACCUGUUAGCGGACUCCUAUAUCGGACAGGAGGACUCCCCUGAGAUGCAGCAGGCAGCUCAGAACAAGCGCAGACUCUCUGUCAUCUCUGAUGGCAAGUUUGAGAGGAGCUUCUCUGAGGAGCGGGCCGAGAAGAUCCCAAGUGAGGGGCCAAAGCCACGUGUGUACACAAUCUCUGGUGAGAGGCCGAUGCUGUCGGACCAUGAGAGUGACAGCAUGGAACUGGUGGUGAUGAAGGGCACCGGGCAAGAGGAGUGUCACCAUGGCCAGCCCCUGCAGAGUGCUUGCAGCUCUCACAACAUCAGCAGGCAUUGCAAAGGUUGGGCAGGAAGUCGGCAGGGCUCCAAGGAAUGCCCCAGCUGUGCUCGGCUGGCAGCCUCCUCCCAGCACUCCUUUGACCUGGAGCAGCAUCAGUCCAACGAGACAGGGUGGCGUAGGAAAAAGCUGGAGAGGAUGUAUAGUGUUGAUCGUGUGUCUGAUGAUGUCCCCAUACGGACCUGGUUCCCCAAAGAGAACCUUUUCAGUUUUCAAACUGCUACUACAACUAUGCAAGCCAUCUCGGCGUUCAGGGGCUACGCAGAGAGGAAGAGACGGAAACGAGAAAAUGAUUCUGCAGCUGUUAUUCAGAGGAACUUUCGGAAGCAUUUGCGCAUGGUCGGGAGCCGACGGGUGAAAGCACAAACAUUUGCUGAACGGCGUGAGAGAAGCUUCAGCAGGUCCUGGAGCGACCCGACUCCUGUCAAAGCUGAUUCCUUCCAUGAUUCUCGAGAAAGCCAUGAUCUCCAGGACUCCUGCUGUGCUCUGGAGGAUGAAUUUGACUUGAACUGGGAAGCAGAGAAGGAGCUUGAAGCUGCGGCAUGUGAUGGAGAGGACUUUGUUCCACCAAAAAUAAUGCUCAUUUCUUCCAAAGUCCCGAAAGCCGAGUACAUCCCGACAAUCAUCCGCAGGGAUGACCCCUCCAUCAUCCCUAUUCUCUAUGAUCAUGAACACGCCACCUUUGAAGACAUUCUUGAGGAAAUAGAGAAGAAGCUGAACAUUUAUCGGAAGGGCUGCAAAAUCUGGAAGAUGCUGAUUUUCUGUCAGGGAGGUCCUGGCCACUUAUACUUGUUGAAAAACAAAGUUGCCACCUUUGCCAAAGUGGAGAAGGAGGAAGAUAUGAUCCUCUUCUGGAAGAAGCUAAGCCGACUGAUGAGCAAAAUCAACCCUGAGCCAAAUCUCAUUCACAUCAUGGGCUGCUACGUUCUGGGAAACCCCAAUGGGGAGAAGCUAUUUCAGAAUCUGAAAAAUCUAAUGAAUCCUUAUAGGGUUGCCUUUGAGUCUCCACUUGAACUCUCAGCUCAAGGUAAGCAAAUGAUUGAGACUUACUUUGACUUCCGCCUUUACCGCCUCUGGAAGACCCGCCAGCACUCCAAACUGUUGGAUUAUGAUGACAUUUUAUGAGCCGGAGAAGACUUUACAAGAGGAGGUUGAUCAUCAGUAUUUGAGAAGUCAUGCUUGCUGCAGAGAGACUUUUUUAUUGGUAGGAGGAGCCCUUUGAAUCCCUGCAGGAGGCAGUGGUGCCGAAGGGAUAGAAGGAGGAGCAGCCAGAAAUUUACCAGGAGGAAAGUCUGUCCGACAAAGACUGAGACUCGAAGAGGAUGGUUUGACACCUCAUACACCUCAGGCCAGAGCCAUAGUCUCUCAGAAAGAGCUGUGUGAAAAGGGGACAUGAUGGAGUUCCUUGCAGGACUGAGCUGUUUUGGGUCAUGUUGGGCCAGAAUCGAUUCCAGGUCCUUUUAAAGACAUUUAGAGCUCAGGUUUUCUUAAAAUAAAAAUAAAAAUAAAUAAUCCUUGCACUACAGAAAAGCAGUGACUUAAGCACAGAGCUAGAAGAGUGGGAGCCUCCCAGCGGCGCCAUUUGCUGUGCAAAGGAACUCUGAAGGCAAGGAAUGCCAUGCUUACUCCUGCAAGCUUUGAUCAAGAAGGUUCAGAAACUUAAUGUGAAUAUAUAUUGAAACAGAAUUGAAGUUUAACGUUUUUUGGGGUUAAUAGAAAAUAAGUGCAAUUUUUAUAAAAUAGAGGGGGGAGAACCCCCCCAAUAUUUAAAUAGUUAAAAAAAUAACACACCAGUAACCAAUAGAUGAGGUAUUUUUGGUCUGCUUGAAAAUAUAUUCAAAAUAGUAAUAUAUCUUCUGUAGACAUAUUUAAUCACCAGCAACAUGGUUUUAACAUAACUUAGCAGACUCUGCAUGUCUGCUACAUUGAUCAAUCCUGUUUGUUUUUUCUCUUUAAUUUCAGAGUAGCUGUGUUGCACUAAUUGUACGUGUUCUCACGAAUGUAUAUUUCUCCUCCAGUUAGACACAACUUUGUUACUUUAUCUUUGCUGCUUACAAAACUAGCCGAUUUUAGUUUUGCUGAAUUUUUAAGUUAGAAAUACAAUGUGUGACUGAGGGGAAUCUUGGUCCGUUUCAUUCAGAUUUGAUCACGAAUGAGAAGCGAAUAGCCAUGUUAAGGAUUUGUCAUUUCAGUCUGCUGCUGCCUUUUGAUUAGAUGAAGUCUUCUUCCAGAUAGCAGUGUGGAGCAGAGCAGUAUCUGCAUACGAGAAAUCCUCAAAAGAGAUUUAUAUGCAAAGGCAUUUGAAAGAAUUGAAUGAAAUGCUUCUUGAAGUUUGUAGCAUUGGUUAGUAGCACAAUUUUGGUUCUCUCCCCAUUCAUGUAGUUGCCAGUUGCUGACUUGUAAACUCCAUUUUUUUCUAGCGCUACAUCAACCCACUUGUAGAUCUCAGCUCUCCCGUCCAAAUCCUUCAUGUCUGGGACAAAUGGAUUACAUAGCUCUUAUUUGUGAGCAGCUAUGCUUUUAAAAUCCAGAUUUGUGCUUAAUAUCUUUGAGGAUAUAUUUUGGAAUAUAUUUACUUUUUCUUUUUUAGUCUUCUAGUCUCCUGUGUGUAUAAGGGACAAAUAUUACUGUAGUCUCCACAGGUCACCCUGGCUAUUUUGGGAGAUUACACAAUUUGUUUCUCAAAGAAGUAAAAUAUGCUGGAGAAUAACCAGGUAGAGUUACCUUGGUCUCCUGAUUUAUUAGUGUCUAAAACUAGUUGGUUGUGCAGUGAAGAAAAAAAAUACAUGUACAAACCUUCCUUUGAAUAGUUAAGAAAGAACAUUUGUUCUGAUCUGUAGAAUAUCCCUUUUCCUUUCCUUUCCCCGUGUGUUAUUGUAACAUUGGGGAGCAGGCCU